AUGACCGACAACACGACAAGAGCUCUUCCUCACAUUGGCGAGACCAACGUCGUCCUCUGGAACCCCGGCAGCCCUGAGGUAUUCGCAAAAGCGCGCGACGCCACCAUCUUCACACGCCUGGCGACGCGCCACUCGAGCCAGGAGCUCGAUGUAGCAGUCGAAGCCACGCCAGGAGUCGACCACUCGUUCUGCGUGUGUGUCAACAAUGUCCUCUUCGUCUUCUCGGCGUCCCAGGACGAGCACACGGAGCAUUGCCAGGCGGCCCUGCGGAUGUUGCAGGCCUGCUCGUUGCGCCUCGAUCUGCCUAGCUGCGUCUUCAAGUGCGCAACGAGCGUCGGCGCAGGCGUCCGACUGGAACAGAUCGGGCAGCACAGGGUGUUCAUGGUGAUCAACGAAGGCGUCCCGCCGCGUGCGUGAGGAGUCAGGGAGUCGUGGCGGUCAGGAUGAGCAUGGAUGGGCAGGACGGCGCGUAACGUUUGCUUUUGCACCGUUGCGGCGGCAAGAAGAAUGUGUCUGAAGGGAUGAGCUCACUGGGCUUCCUGGGCGAAAUGGGGCAAGUCGAGAGAAACACUUGCAGAGCAGUC